CCGAGCUAGCAUCCUCUCGCCGGCUCGCUGGGCGCACGGGGUUUCGUCAGAAGGUGGAAAUCUCUUGCGAGAAAGAAGCUGCCAUCUCCCCGCCACCCGUUCUCACCAGCAGCCGCCCCUCUCCUCCCUCCCUUCCUCCUUUCCUUCCUCCCUCGCUCCUCUCCUCCUCUCCUCUCCUCUCCGCUCCCUCCCUCCCUCCCUCUUUUCCCAGUUUUCCUUCCUCUGGAACUCUCGGAGUUCUCCAGGGGGGUGGGGUUGGGGGGGGAAGCGCAGCUGCUGCCCUGCCCCUGGUCCCCCCCUCAUCCCUCGCCCGCAUCACCAAGGAUGGAGUCGGGGUUUUCAGAGAGACCCAACUGUCCCCUCAGCAUCCUGUCCGUCGUCCGCUCUGGCUAACCUGGCCUCGGAGGACAAGGGGGAAGUAGGGUGCGGUGUGGAGGGAGCCCCGACCCUCCUUAGACCACUUCACAACUCCAACAUCCCCAGGAUCUUCACUCCAAAAGCAGGAUUUUUUUUUUUUCAUCCCGAGGGACGGGACACACACACACACACACACACACACACACACAGAGCUUGUCCCGGGGCUGAAUUUUCCUUCUACUCUUCGAGGCUGGCACACCCAGAAUGAAGAAGAUGAGCAACAUCUAUGAGUCAGCUGCCAACACGCUGGGAAUCUUUAACAGCCCCUGCCUGACCAAAGUCGAGCUGCGCGUGGCGUGCAAAGGCAUUUCCGACCGAGACGCUCUUUCCAAACCUGACCCCUGCGUCAUCCUCAAGAUGCAGUCCCACGGGCAGUGGUUUGAGGUUGACAGGACAGAAGUCAUCCGGACCUGCAUAAACCCGGUGUACUCGAAACUGUUCACUGUGGACUUCUACUUUGAAGAGGUUCAGCGCCUGCGAUUCGAAGUCCACGACAUCAGCAGCAACCACAACGGGCUGAAGGAAGCGGACUUCCUAGGCGGCAUGGAGUGCACUCUCGGCCAGAUUGUGUCUCAGAGAAAGCUGUCCAAGUCCUUGCUCAAGCACGGAAACACAGCUGGGAAAUCUUCCAUCACGGUGAUUGCUGAAGAAUUGUCUGGCAACGACGACUACGUAGAGCUUGCAUUCAAUGCACGGAAGUUGGAUGAUAAGGAUUUCUUCAGUAAAUCUGACCCAUUUCUGGAAAUUUUCCGCAUGAAUGAUGAUGCAACUCAGCAGCUUGUGCACCGAACUGAGGUCGUGAUGAAUAACUUAAGCCCAGCCUGGAAGUCAUUCAAAGUUUCAGUAAAUUCUCUAUGCAGUGGGGAUCCAGACCGCAGGCUAAAGUGCAUAGUAUGGGACUGGGACUCCAAUGGCAAACAUGACUUUAUUGGAGAAUUCACCUCAACAUUCAAGGAGAUGAGAGGAGCAAUGGAAGGGAAACAGGUGCAGUGGGAAUGCAUCAACCCCAAGUACAAAGCCAAGAAGAAGAACUACAAAAACUCAGGCAUGGUGAUUCUGAACCAGUGCAAGAUCCACAAGAUGCAUUCCUUCUUGGACUAUAUCAUGGGUGGCUGUCAAAUCCAGUUUACAGUAGCUAUAGAUUUCACUGCCUCUAACGGGGACCCCAGGAACAGCUGUUCCCUGCACUACAUCCACCCUUAUCAACCGAACGAGUACCUGAAGGCCUUGGUGGCUGUGGGAGAGAUUUGCCAAGAUUAUGACAGUGACAAAAUGUUCCCAGCCUUCGGGUUUGGCGCCAGGAUACCCCCCGAGUACACGGUCUCUCAUGACUUCGCCAUCAACUUUAAUGAAGAUAACCCUGAAUGUGCAGGAAUUCAAGGAGUUGUGGAAGCCUAUCAGAGCUGUCUUCCUAAGCUCCAACUCUAUGGUCCCACCAACAUCGCCCCCAUCAUUCAGAAAGUUGCCAAGUCAGCGUCAGAGGAGACUAACACCAAGGAGGCAUCGCAAUACUUCAUCCUGCUCAUCCUGACAGAUGGCGUCAUCACAGACAUGGCCGACACCCGGGAGGCCAUCGUCCACGCCUCCCACCUGCCCAUGUCAGUCAUCAUCGUGGGAGUGGGGAAUGCCGACUUCAGCGACAUGCAGAUGCUAGACGGCGACGAUGGGAUUCUACGGUCACCCAAGGGGGAGCCCGUCCUUCGAGACAUUGUCCAGUUUGUACCCUUCAGGAAUUUCAAACAUGCAUCUCCAGCUGCCCUUGCAAAGAGUGUGUUGGCUGAAGUUCCAAAUCAAGUCGUGGACUAUUACAACGGCAAAGGGAUUAAACCAAAGUGUUCGUCGGAAGUGUUUGAGUCUUCCAGGACACUAGCGCCAUGAACUCAACACACUUUUACAGAGUUCUGAAAUACUACCCCUGCUAAUAUUUACUACUUCUACUCCUCUAUAUAAAAAAAAUAAUAACGCUAAUACACAUUUAAAACUAGCACGUUUUGGUGAUUUUUACCUACCUGACAAGUUUUUUUGCAUGUUGUAGCCCCAUGACCUGGAUCUGUUAAGCCCUUGUAUUGUUAAAGACUUUUUACAAAGAAAUACAAAUAAUAUUAACUUACUCUUUACAGCAUGUCGCCUUGAAAUAAAAUGGUAUAUGUAUCCAUUUUUAUACAGGUUUGUUGAAAUUUUGCUAAAUUUCUUAUUAUCUUUACACUGUAAAGCAUUUUGAAACAUUUCUUGAAUGUUGAUAGCCAAAACAUAUUUGGUUUUAUCUGCUACAGGAUGAAAGACCUUUCAGGAUGGCAGAUGCAUGGACUGUAUUUUGCAUGUUUAAAAUAAUGAAUAAAAAAUAACCUUAUACUGUUUUUGCAGUUGUUAUCGAUAAUUCCUCCAUGCUGAGAAUGGUCUCUAUACUAAAUACAUUUAUCCACCUAGAGGUAGUCCUUUUUUUUUGAAGAGGGUCUGGGACAUUUAGCCCAGCACCUCCUACUACUAAUUUACCAUGCACACAAAUUACUCAAGUGUCUUGUUAAAAUUCAGAUUUUAAUGCGGCAAGUCCAUGCAGGAGCCAUGAUCCUGCAUCUCUCAUGAGGUCUCAAGUGAUGCUAAUGCAGUCCUCCAACUAUGCCAGGUUGCAAAACAGAAUCCAGGCGAAACAGUUCCCAACUUGCUAGGGAAUGACAUCGCUUCUCUUCCAAGUAGCAUGAAGGUCCAGCCUGCCUCCGAGUUGAGACUAGGAAGUUAUGAGACUGAUUCCAGAAGAUAUGCCCACCUCACAUCAGUCUCACUGCUUUGUAGUCACACCUCCUCCUUAAACAAGGCCUGCUCCUAUUCUCCUAAAAGAGGCACGCACCCCACUGCAUGAAUGGUUACAUUUCUAUGUCAAUUUCCGAUAAUUACCUGGAAGAAAGUGUCCACUGGAACCUGAAUGGAAUCAUGCCCAUGGAAAGUAGCCAGGCAAUGUUGCUUCCCAGAUUUCUGUUCCACUAAGGUGAUCUUUUAGCUUAGUGUGAGGCUUCUUAGUGCCUCUUUUAUCACACCUCCGUGAGAACUCUAUAAGCAGAAAUACCUAGAAUCACUGUCUAGUGUGGAGGUGUUUUGCUUGAACAUAUAUCAGACUUGAACCAAAAUAAUGACUCUUACUUGUAAUCUUCCAGACAAAUGGACAAGUGUCUUAUAAGCAUAAAGCACAAAGAUAGUGAAGUAAAUCACAAGGCAAAAAAAAAAAAAAAAAUCUGUUUGGUUUUUU